UACAUCUGCGCUCUCCACCACCAAAUACAGGCAAGCAUCGUGUCCUUUGACGUCCGCACUUCCUACGAGUUUGUCGGCGCCGAAAAUCCUUGUUCAUCUUUGCCUGAUGGAACCGCCGAGGGAAGCUUGCUGCUUGCCUGGACCAAAUAUACGAGAAAAUGGAUGCAGAGUUUCAGAGAUAUCAGUGCCAGCGGUCUCGGUUCGUUUCUGACGGUAUUGGAUUUUCUGACGGCCAGACCGGAUGUGCGGGCGCACCGCAACUACAUGUUUCUGCGACCGCUAAUGCAGCCGUCUGACCGCGUGGCUACACUGAAGACCCUUUGUGGUCGCGACUGGGAGCUGGCGAGCCAAGAGGCAGAGACCGUUGGCCGCAAAGGGGGCAUAUGA